CUCUGGUUACCGUUGUCCUCAGCAGUUACCCACAAUGCAUCACGGCAGCUAAGGCUCAGGCUAAAAAACAAUGCUGAAUUUGGAGAUUUUUGUCUUUAGAUAAUAUAGACAGCUCCCAGAGGCAGGAUGGACAAAGAACCACGGAACACCGUUGUUUUCAACUCCUCCAAAAGAGAGCUGUUCACCGCCAACAGUGGCUACAAGUCUCUUCAGAAGAGAUUGAGGGCACAGUGGAAAAUUCAGAGCAUCAAAGAGGAGCUGACGGCGGAGAAACUGCAUGGUGCGAAACUGUGGAUCACCGCGGGUCCUCGGGAGAAGUUCACGGCUGCUGAGUUGGAAGUCCUGAAGCAGUAUCUGAAUGGCGGUGGAAACGUCCUUGCGAUGCUUGGAGAAGGAGGAGAAGUCAGCUAUGAUACCAAUAUCAAUUUCCUCCUGGAAGAGUUUGGAAUAAUGAUCAACAGCGACACUGUAGUGCGAAACGUGUACUACAAGUAUUUCCAUCCCAAAGAAGCACUAGUGUCCAAUGGUGUUCUCAACAGGGAGAUCAGUCGUGCGGCUGGGAAAGUGGUGACAGGGAUCAUUGAUGAUGAAAAUACUGGAAACAAUGCACAGGCCCUCACCUUUGUGUAUCCAUACGGAGCUACACUGAAUGUCAUGAAGCCUGCCAUAGCUAUCCUUUCCACUGGCUCUGUGUGCUUCCCUCUCAACCGGCCUGUUCUGGCUUUCUACCAAGUUGCAAAUGCAGGGAGGUUGGCAGUGUUGGGUUCGUGCCACAUGUUCAGUGACCAGUAUCUGGACAAGGAGGAGAACAGUAAAAUUAUGGAUGUUGUGUUCCAGUGGCUGAUGACUGACAACAUUCACCUUAAUCAAAUAGAUGCAGAAGACCCAGAGAUCACAGACUACACCAUGUUACCAGACACAAGACGCCUGUCCGACAGACUGAGGGUGUGUCUGCAAGAGGGGGACGAAAAUCCACGAGACUUCACCUCACUUUUUGACAUGUCUCUGUUUAAACUGUCAACAGAUACGCUGCCCUCUGUUAUUAGGGCCUACAAGCAGUUGAAUGUCAAACAUGAGCCGCUCCAGCUGAUCACGCCUCAGUUCGAAACGCCACUGCCGCCUCUGCAGCCGGCUGUCUUCCAGCCUGCUUUUAGGGACCUGCCCCCACCCAUGCUCGACCUCUUUGACCUCGACGAAACCUUCUCAUCGGAGAAAGUGCGACUAGCUCAGCUCUCAAACAAAUGCACAGAUGACGACCUCGAGUUUUAUGUGCGAAAGUGUGGAGACAUUUUAGGGGUUACUGGAAAGCUGGACAAAGAAAAAAGAGAUGCCAAACACAUCCUGGAGCACAUCUUCUUUCAGGUGGUGGAGUUCAAAAAACUGAACCAGGAACAUGAUAUCGACACGACGCAGACAAGAUUUUCCCCGUUCUGAAGCUGGACAGUAAGGCGAAGUGGAGGACUGCUGGCAUGAAGGCUGUAUGCACGCCAGAGAUUUCUUGGACUUAUCUACACAUUGAUUGAACUAGCAUCAGGACUUAUGUGCUAAAGGUCUCAGAGUCAGACUGUUGAUCCAGGAUCUGUUACUCCAUAUAUGUAAUAACAAAGACAAAAGUUCUGCAUCUCACCUGUAGAAGAUACUUCUGCUCCUCUUAACACUCUUUAUCCACACUUAAAGCAAGUUCCUGUUAUACUGGACCUGAAUGUACCUUUUGGUUUUUGAUUUGACGGUUGAUUAUGCCUGGUUUAUGGUGUGAAGAGUUCACUACAUGUAGACGUGUUAUCAGUUACUUUUAUUUUUUUUUAUUACAACUCCACUAUGUGCAUAUUUAAACCAUAUUUAUAUAAAUAUACACAAGUUCAGCCGGGUGAAGUUCAUAGAGGCUGUUCAUUUUGUGGGUAAUCUCUAUUUCAGGGGGGUCCACAGAUUUAAUAACCUUAUAUUAUAAUCUCCAGUAUAAUCUCAUAUGGCUAUCUGAGUAAAGAUAUUUGCAAAAUUCUGCAGAAUUCAAGCAUUUAAGUGUAAGUUAUUCACAGAGACACUCUGAACUUCAUGAUGGUGUACGCAAUGUCUACAAUGCAAAUAUAGCCAUUUUAUUUACUGUCCAAAUGGCUAGUGAAUGUAUUUAUAGCAGAGUUUUGAUAGUAACAUGGUAAAUCUUUGGGAGGGGGAAAAAAGUUUUCUUGGGGGACAAUUUUGCUAUUUUUACAACACCUUGCAUAUUUAUAAACACAUUUUAGUUCAAAACCUACUUUAAACUAUCAUAGAACUAUGUCUCAGACAUUGAGUAGCACAUUUGUUACCUCUUCUUCUAAUAGCUUUCUGUGACGUAGCUUUUACAGGCUUUUUUAGAGACUCCUCAGACAUCUGGUUCCUGUCUCCACUGCUGUGAAGUCUGACAUUGAAAGUUUCUUAAGAACCAAACAGUUCACAGCAAACCACCCUGAAUGACUUUACACAUCAGCAUUUAAAUUAGGAGGCCUUUAUAAAAAGAAAGUGACCUUCCCUUCAGGGAUGUGAACUGCUAGUACAUACCUUAUAUAAAUGCAAAUCAUCUACAUUCGUGUGCGCAUCAUAACGCUACAGUCUGAUGUUUGUAACUGUCAGUUAUUUUGAAUAAAGUCUUUUGUACUGAA